CUCUUCCUCAUUCCAUCCUCGCAGUCCCACUUCUAUAAAAGUUAAGAAGCCAGGUUUCUGUAAGGAGAGAUAGUCACAGAACCGUUGCAUCUGUUACUGCUCCGAAAAAUGUCUGCUAAACAGACCAGAAAGUGUCCGUCCAUUACGGAAUGUAGCGGCUCUACUUACGGCUCGAUUGCGGCCGAUCUUGAGGGCACACUACUAGUUUGUACAAGUUCCUUCCCGUACUUUAUGCUGGUGGCCAUUGAGGCCGGUAGUCUACUUCGCGGUCUUGUCCUUCUUCUCUCUCUCCCUAUUGUCAUUGUUGCUUACCUUUUCAUAUCAGAAGCUAUUGGUAUUCAAAUCCUCAUUUUCAUUUCAUUUGCUGGCCUCAAGAUCAGAGAUAUUGAACUAGUUUCUCGCGCUGUUUUACCAAGGUUUUAUGCAGCUGAUGUGAGACAGGAAAGUUACGAGGUUCUUGACAAGUGCAAGAGGAAGGUCGUGGUGACGGCGAAUCCAACCCUAAUGGUGGAGCCUUUUGUGAAGGAUUUCCUUGGCGUUGACAAGGUUUUAGGCACGGAGAUCGAGGUGAACCCGAAGACCAAGAGAGCCACCGGGUUUGUUAAGAAGCCCGGGAUUUUGAUUGGGAAAUGGAAGACGUUAGCCAUUCUAAAGGAGUUCGGAGAGGAAGUCCCCGAUCUCGGAAUUGGUGACCGUGAGUCGGAUCAUGAUUUCCUGGCGAUUUGUAAGGAGGGCUUCAUGGUGCAUCCAAGCAAAUCCGAAAGAACUGUGGCACCAAAUCGUCUUAAAAGCCGAAUCAUCUUCCAUGAUGGUCGUUUAGUCCAGCGGCCCACCCCACUGAAUGCUUUGAUCACCUAUAUAUGGCUGCCAUUUGGAUUUAUCCUUAGUCUUAUUCGUGUAUACUUAAAUCUUCCUCUUCCUGAGCGCAUCGUACGGUAUACAUACGAAAUGCUUGGCAUCCAUUUCGUGAUUCGUGGGACUCCACCUCCUUCCCCAUCUUCUGGCUCCCCUGGUAACCUCUUCGUGUGUAAUCACCGCACAGCCCUCGAUCCAAUCAUGAUCGCCUAUGCCCUUGGACGCAAAGUCUCAUGUGUUACAUACAGCGUAAGUCGCCUCUCACGAUUCAUAUGCCCGAUCCCAGCCAUUGCUUUGACUCGUGAUCGCGUAGCUGAUGCAGCUCGUAUAUCAGAACUUCUUCAAAAGGGCGAUCUCGUGGUCUGUCCAGAAGGGACCACUUGCCGUGAAAACUUCCUGCUGCGAUUCAGUGCUUUGUUCGCUGAAAUGAGCGAUAGGAUUGUACCCGUGGCAGUGAAUUGUAAGCAAAAUUUGUUUUAUGGCUCGACCGUACGCGGGGUUAAAUUUUGGGACCCUUAUUUCUUCUUCAUGAAUCCUAGGCCCACGUAUGAGGUGACGUUCCUCGAUCGUUUGCCAGAGGAGAUGACGUGUAAGGCUGGAGGGAAAUCGUCCAUUGAGGUGGCGAAUUAUGUGCAGAAGGUAUUGGGCGAUGUCCUGGGAUUCGAACGGACAGCAUUAACCAGGAAGGACAAGUACUUGUUGCUGGGAGGGAAUGAUGGGAAGGUGGAGUCCAUGUACAACGCCAAAAAAUAAGAACGCUGUUUUUGUUAGUCAUUGUUUUCUUUCAGGGGUUUAUAACGAUUCAAUAAAAUUGUAAGUCAAUGUUUUCUUUCCGGGGUGGUUUGUAACAAUUGAAUAAGAUUAUAAGUCAUUGUUUUC